UGAUCCUGUUUAAAACGUUACGUGGAGUGAAACGACGACGUACGCGAUGUUGAUCGCUGGACGGUGAGUGAUCACAGUUCUCGGGAAGUACAGACACAAUGACGAGGAAGUCGCAGCUGCAUCCAGUGUCACGUCACGACGUCGUAUGGCUCCAAUGGAAGCUCGUUAUCUUUUUAUACGUCGCGCUAUCUCUUCUUUCUCUUGUCAGUAUCCACCUUCAGUACUAUUCCCUGACGACUUGCCCCCGCCCGCUCUCCGUCGCUGGGAUUCAUAUCCCCCUCCGCAUAUACUCCGGCGACAGCGACCGUCCGAAGGUCGCCUUCCUUUUCUUAUCUCGGCGUGAUCUUCCGCUUGACUUUCUGUGGGACAGAUUCUUCAAGGGUGCUGAUCAGGCGAACUUCUCCGUCUAUGUACAUUCACAACCUGGUUUCGUGUUCAAUGAAGAGACCACGAGAUCACAGUAUUUCUAUAAUCGCCAGUUGAACAAUAGCAUUAACGUUACAUGGGGAGAAUACAGCAUGAUCGCAGCAGAGAGAUUGUUGCUUUCAACUGCCUUAGAGGAUCAAUCAAACCAAAGAUUUGUUCUUCUCUCUGACAGUUGUGCUCCGUUAUACGACUUUGGUUACAUAUACAGAUAUCUUAUCUCCUCACCGAGAAGCUUUGUGGAUAGUUUUAUUCAUACUAAAGAGAGACGGUACAGUACGAAUAUGUCUUCUGUCAUACCUGAAGAGAAAUGGAGAAAAGGGUCCCAGUGGAUAUCUGUGAUCAGAAGUCAUGCAGAGCUCAUUGUUAGCGAUGGUAUCGUCUUCCCAGUUUUUGAGAAAUUUUGCAAGAAAGCUCCACCUUUUGGUUCACAAGAGGCACGGGUGUUUUUUAGACAGAAUUUGCGGAAUUGCAUCCCCGAUGAACACUAUAUCCAAACAUUGCUUACGAUGCGUGGACUAGAGAGUGAAAUGGAACCAAGAACACUGACAUACACUGUAUGGAACGUUUCGGGUACAAAACAUGAAGCCAAGUCCUGGCAUCCCGUCACUUUCACAUUUGAAAACUCCGGCCCUGAGGAUAUACAAGAAAUAAAGAGUAUAAAUCAUGUCAAUUACGAGUCUGAAUCACGAGUAGAAUGGUGUAAAGCCGACUCAAAACCUGUCCCGUGCUUUCUCUUUGCAAGAAAAUUCACCAGAGAAGCAGCUAUGCGCCUUGUGAGUGAAGUACUAAUAGGAUUCGUCAAAAAACGUAGCCUUAUAAGUGAUAACUCUACAACAGGGUCAGUAAGGUUUUAAGUUAAACUGAAAAAAAGGGGACGUAACUUUUAGGUCAAGCAACAAAGAGUAUAGAGUAGGGAACACCACUGACACAUCAGACAUCAUCACUAGUUAAGUGAAUUUGUGUUUGGUGUUAAAAGUUUUCUAGAAAUAAGCCUAAAGAAACUAGUUUUGAUUAAUACAACAUUAUUCCCUAAUUUAUUCAUUCACAUAAUGGAUAAACAUACUCAAAAAUGAAUGUCUGCUCUCCAAAUUUUCUUUUUGUUUUUAGUUUAGUUUGCGGAUUUCACAACCGAAAUUUAAAGGUAUGCUAC